AUGUCUUCACCAUUCUAUCUCUUCCUCCUCUUCAUCGCCGUCUUCAUCAGCCACCAUGGAACCACCACCGAAGCCGCCGAAGAAUCAGUUACAGACAUCAACGGUCAACGUCUCCGAUCAGGCAUCAACUACUACAUCUUGCCAGUAGUUCGCGGCAGAGGCGGCGGACUAACCAUAUCCAAAUCCUACAACAAAACCUGUCCCAACACCGUAAUCCAAGACCGAUACGAAGUCUCUAAUGGCCUACCAUUAAAAUUCUCACCAUCAGACAAAUCAAAAAUCAUCCGUGUCUCGAGUGAUCUCAACUUCAUAUUCUCUGCAACUUCGAUCUGGAAACUAGACAAUGACGAGACGUCGAAUCAAUGGUUCGUUUCGACUUGUGGCGUUGCAGGGAAUCCGGGUCAGAAAACGGUUAGUAACUGGUUCAGGAUCGACAAAUUUGAAGAUGAUUACAAGAUCGUGUUUUGUCCAUCUGUCUGCAAUUUCUGCAAAGUCAUGUGUAGAGACAUUGGAGUGUCCGUGCAAGGCGGAAAGAGAAGUCUUGUUUUAAGUGAUGUUCCAUUGAAAGUUAUGUUCAAAAGAGCAUAG